AUGACAGCCAAGAUGGGUGUCAAUGAUGGCCUUCUGAACAGCAGUCAGAUAUUCGAAGGCAUUACAUUCAAGAUGGGGCAGGAGUUAGAGAUCCGAGUCAGGCCUCAUGAUGACUGUAAUAGAUUUAUGAUCGACAUCGGUCAUGAUCCUGAGAACCUCGCAAUGCACUUCAACCCUCGCUUCAACACGAACAUUAUCGUCUGCAAUUCCUUGUCUGGAGGGCACUGGGGUGAAGAGCAUCAUGAAGGGUUUUUCCCAUUUGUGCGUGGGGAGGAAGGCAAGUUGUACAUCAACUUUAACAGUAAGCAGUUUUACAUCAAACUUCCAGAUGGUACCAUGAUGAACUUCCCCAACCGCCUGGGAGAUGUGAAGUACCAGUUCAUUAAAGUCCACGGCGGAGCAGAGAUUGUAGGAUUUAAGCUCGAGUAAUGGAUAAACUCCUCAGAUUAUAUUCUGA